AUGCCGCCCAACAUGCCAUACGGAUUGCACCUUGCGAACAAGAAAGCGGCGCCGAAACCAGGAAACGCGUUUGGACAAAAACGCAAGAAGAACAUAUUUGAUGAUGACUCCGGAGACGAGGAUCAGCAGAACGAUAAUGGUGCGAUCGAAGUUUCUACAAUUGGAGGGUUAGAGCAGCCAGCACCGAAACAAAAGCCACCUUCAAGCGCAGGACCGCCACCGAAACGGAAAAUGCAACUAGGCAGUGGGCCCAAGCCCCCUAUCAAACCACUCAGCAAGAGCUCGCUAUUUGCCGAUGAUGAGGAUGAAGACGAAGAAAAGGAGAAACAAAAAGGCCAGAUCAAUCUUGGCCUUAACCAGGCAAAGCCAAAGCAACCGCCAGGUGCUGGCGACGAAUACACUAAUCUCUCAGCUUUGCAUAGCAGUAAGAAGCAUGCAAAAGAAGCCGAAGAAUUUGACCCAUCAAUCUACUCCUAUGAUGCCGUUUAUGAGAGUCUUCAUACCAAACCUUCCAAGGCCUCAACAGAAGUGAAGAGCGAUGUACCGAAAUACAUGAAGAACCUACUGGAAAGCGCCGAAAUCCGAAAGCGGGAUCAGCUACGGGCUCGCGAUCGUCAACUUGCCAAGGAGCGUGAGGCCGAAGGCGAAGAAUUCGCAGACAAAGAGAAGUUCGUCACAUCCGCCUACAAGGCCCAACAAGAAGAGCUACGCAAGGUCGAAGAGGAAGAAGCGCGCCGCGAGAAGGAAGAGGAAGAACGUCGGAAGAAGAAUGGUGGCUCCGGCAUGAUUGGGUUCUACCGAGACGUGUUGUCACGAGGAGAAGAACGGCACGAGGAGGUCCUCAAGGCCUCAGAAGAAGCCGCCCGCCGUGUCAAGACAGGUGAGGUGGAAGAGGAAGCAGAGAAACAGCCGGAAGAACAGACCGAUAGUCAAAAAGCAGAAGAUCUCAAUUCUCGCGGUGCUCACGUUGUGGUCAACGACGAGGGCCAGGUCGUCGACAAGCGCCAGCUUCUGUCUGCUGGAUUGAACGUCGCACCGAAACCCAAGGCCCAGCCGUCUGCCUCCAAAGCAGCCCCACGCCCCUCUGCACGACCAGGUGCCGCUGCAGGUCACCAGUCUGGCCGUGCUGCUCAGCGUGCUCGACAGACCGACAUGGUCGCAAGCCAACUGGAGGAGCGCGCGCGACAAGAAGAGGAGGCAGAGGCUGCAAAGCAAAGGGAAGUGGCCGAGAAGAGCCGCAGCCGCAAGACCGAGGGAGAGGUCUCCAGCGCGAAGGAGCGCUACUUGGCUAGAAAGAGGGAGCGGGAAGAAGCUGCCGCCAAGGAGAAAGCAAAGGGGGCUUGA